AUGGCUCCCAGCCGUUCCCCACAGGAGCCUACACAGCUGCAAAGGCUUAGGGGAAGGUUCCAGGCCCCAGAGAAGCUGAAUCGGCCUCGGAUAAAUCCUUCUAACCCUGCUAAGUUGGAAACUGAGUCAGCAGCUUCGAGCGCAGGACCAAGGGACGAUACAUUUGAUCUACCCUACGAUCCUGUAAGCAACACCACCUACAGCUACUCGGAGCGGCAGCAGCCACUAGUACUCGAGGUGAUCUGCAACGAGCGACGCCUCCAGGCACUGGUGGACAGCGGUGCGUCCCACUCGGUGUGCGACCGCGGGACGUUGGAGAAAAUUGGAGAAUCCUCGAAGGAGACCCAGUUUACAGCAACGAUGGUGGACGGUACAAAGCUUCCCAUCCACGGCGAGUCAACACUGCAACUGCAUAUAGGGGCGUUAAGGUGGAAGCCGACGUUGACGAUUACGAACAUCAAGGGAUUAGAUUUCAUCUUGGGGCGUGAUUUUCUGAAGCGGUUCAACCCCGAGAUUGACUGGGUCAACCGGAAGGCGUGUAUCUACAACAACGGGAAACGUGUGGAGCUGCGAAGCUGGACGGAUACAGGGGAUGUUCCUGAAACGACACUGGCGCGGUUCGAACGGACGGUGAACGAGAGUAACAGGGGAUACUUAGCAUUGGUUAUGGCAGCAGCAGGGGAGGAGAAGCCGAGCUCGGAGCUACCUGCAGCAGUAAAGGAGGUGUUGGAGCAGUACAAGGAUAUCAUGCCAGACGACCUACCUGCAGGAGUACCUCCAGCGCGCACCCACGAGCACGAAAUCGUGGAGGAACCAGGUGCGAAACCCGUCUCACGUGCACCAUACCGACUGAGUCCGACCGAACAGACAGACAUGAAGAAACAGAUGGAGUAUCUACUCGACAGAAAACUGAUCCGCCCAUCCACCUCUCCCUACGGCGCACCGGUUCUCUUCACUCCAAAGCCAGACGGUAGUUUACGGAUGUGCAUCGACUACCGGGCACUGAACAAACAGACAGUCAAAAACAAAUACCCCAUACCGCGCAUAGACGAUCUUCUAGACCAACUGCGUGGUGCAACGGUGUUUUCGAAGCUGGACAUACGGUCGGGUUACUGGCAGAUCAAGAUGGCGGACAACUCGAUCCACAAGAUGGCGUUCCGUACCAGAUACGGCUCCUACGAGUACUUGGUGAUGCCGUUCGGGCUCUGCAACGCACCAGCGACGUUCCAGGCGGAGAUGAAUCAUAUCCUACGGCCCCUGCUGGACGAAUGCGUGGUGGUGUACCUGGACGACAUACUGAUCUACUCCAAAACCAUGAAGGAGCACGUGGAGCAUCUGCGAAAAGUCUUUGCGAUCCCGCGGAAGAACAAGUUUACUGUGAAGGGCGUACACGUGGACCUGCGGAAGAUCGAAGCCGUCAAGAAGUGGAAAGUUCCAGAGAACGUGAAGGAGUUGCAGCAGUUCCUAGGCUUCGCCAACUACUACAACAGGUUCGUGCCGCAAUACGCUAAGAUAGCAGCGCCACUGACCAACCUACUGAAAAAGGAUACGCCCUACAAAUGGGAUACUCCUCAACAGCAAGCCAUGGAGCAGCUACAGACAGCACUGACUACAGCGCCAGUACUCAUCCUACCGGAUCCAGACAGAGACUACGUGGUGGAAGCAGACGCUAGUGACUAA